AUGUCAAGGGACCGUCAGCCCUUCGAACGAGAAGAUUUUGUUGCAGUGAGCAACGGCGCGCUGAGCGCGUGUUCUCAGGGCGGCAUGGACAAGGACGGCAAGAAGAAGCACACCAGACCCACCUUCAGUGGACAGCAGAUCUUCGCGUUGGAGAAGACCUUUGAGCAGACCAAGUACCUGGCCGGGCCGGAGCGGGCCAAGCUCGCGUACGCGCUCGGCAUGACCGAGUCACAAGUCAAGGCAGUAAAGGUCUUGAAACUAAUAUUCAACAAGAUCGGCAACGCACUCGUAACUCCUCCGUUGCGGGUGUCCAUGGGCGGCGUGAUUGCUUACCAUCAGGUCUGGUUCCAAAAUAGAAGAACGAAAUGGCGGAAAAAGCACGCGGCGGAGAUGGCGACUGCGAAACGUAAGCAGGAGGAGCUGGGCGAGGAGUGCGACGAGCAGGAGCAGCACGACAACGAGUGCAGCGACGAGGAGGAGGCCAAGAGGCCGCGCCUCGACAUCCACCACAUGCACCACCAGCUGCCGCACCGGCACCCCAGCGACUCCUACUACCAGGAGUGCGCCGGCUACACGGAGGAGGAGACGCCCUGCGACCUGUCCAACUGGCAGGUGCGCAGGUUCGAGGACGUGCCGCGGUCUGGUGACAGUGACAAUGUGAACAGUGACAGCCUCAGUGUGGAGGACGAGCAGCCCAUCAACUUCGCGUACUAUCACUUCUGA